CGCUUGAAGCCAUUCACUAGUUCGCUGAGGCAGGGAACACAUCCAGCGAGAGAAGAGAACGCAGUGUUAUCUUCUACGAGCACAAACACAACCGAGGAAAUAAAACAGCAAGCUGACGUCGCUUCUCGUCUGUAAUUCACGUUCGACUGGAUAUUUAAAUCGAUUUUGUGAGGUUAUAUAACCGGACGAGAACGUCAGCGACUGGAGCUCAUUCACUGGCUAGUGUGAGUCAUUGAUAAAUGCACAGACAUCCUUCAUGAAUGGUGUGGAAGCGAGUCUGCGCUUGACCCUCGCGAGGAUUUUAAUAGAUCCCAAAUACGUCUUGCAAACGGUUGAAGAGACUCGUACUGUUCAUCUUUGAUGCUCCGUGCCUGAGACGUGCACACGGCCUCUCCGCAGCGCGCUUUCUCCGCAUUUUCGGUCUUACGGUACGAUACCGCCGUUGUACUAAUGCUCGAUAAGUUCAGACCCGUGCAGUUUGAUUCGGUCAUGGCUAUAAGCAAGACGGUGGAGUGGCUGAAAGAGCAGCUGGAAACGCGCAAAGACUGUUUGGUGGUUAUGGACUGUCGAGCCCAAGGGCUUUACGAAUCAUCGCACGUUGAAACGGCCAUUAAUGUGGCCAUCCCGAGCCUCAUGCUCCGGCGACUGAAGAAGGGCAACCUGCCCGUCAAGUCUUUGCUCGCGAACGGGGAAGACCGAGAGAUGUUCGUGCGAAGGUGCAAGACGGAUACGAUCGUGUUGUAUGACGAGUACAGCCGAGAGUGGAAUGAAAACAUCGACGGCGGGUCCGUGUUGGGUUUGCUGCUGAGGAGGAUGAAGGACGAGGGCUACAAGGCGUUCUAUCUCGAAGGUGGUUUCAGCAAAUUCCAGGCCGAGUAUCCCAUACUUUGCGAGACGAACCUCGACGGCUCCUCCAGCAGCAGCUCCUCACCGACCUCUCAGGUCCUCGGGCUCGGAGGGCUGCGGAUCAGCUCCGACUCUUCCGACAUCGAGUCGGACAUCGACCGGGAUCCGAGCAGCGCGACGGACUCGGACGGGAGCCCUCUGUCCAACCCGCAGCCCUCCUUUCCCGUGGAGAUCCUGCCGCAUUUGUAUCUGGGUUGCGCGAAGGACUCCACGAACCUGGACAUCCUGGAGGAGUUUGGCAUCAAGUACAUCUUGAACGUGACUCCCAAUCUUCCCAACAUGUUCGAGAACGCCGGGGAGUUUAAGUACAAACAGAUUCCCAUCUCGGAUCACUGGAGCCAGAAUCUCUCGCAGUUUUUCCCAGAAGCCAUCAGCUUUAUUGACGAAGCCCGCGGACAAAAGUGCGGCGUCCUCGUUCACUGCCUCGCAGGUAUCAGCCGCUCCGUUACCGUGACGGUUGCCUACCUCAUGCAGAAGCUCAAUCUGUCCAUGAACGACGCGUACGACAUCGUCAAGAUGAAGAAGUCCAACAUCUCCCCCAAUUUCAACUUCAUGGGCCAGCUACUGGACUUCGAACGUACGCUGGGCCUCAAAAGCCCGUGCGACAAUCGCGUGACGGCUCCGUCCCAGCCCUUGUACUUCACCACUCCGACCAACCACAACGUCUUUCAGUUGGACCCGCUCGAGUCCACGUGAAGUCCGGCCGCGACAGCCCCCUUUUGAAUCUUGAAACCUGCGUUUCGAUUUUUUCAACGCCUGUCAAGAUGUUAUUGAUAGAGUUGGCUUGAGACGUCAGCCGACCAGAGAAGCCACUGAUGGGGCAUGUGGUGUUGCCCAGAGUUUAUUGCGCUGCUGUUGGAGACAAAACAGACUUGAGACUGUACAUCUCCAAGACUAUAAAGUAGUUUUUUGUUUUAUAUAUAUAUAUCGAUAUAUACACAUUCAAGCAUGGGAAAGACUAUUGACUUUGGAAAGAAUUGGAUUGUCCAAUAUGUUAUGACUCGGGCUGGCGUGCCAAAGAAACUGGAACUGAACAACAACAAAUACUUUGUUAUUGUUUAGCACUUGCACCUUUAAUCUGUACGGGUGUGUAUUUCUUGUCUUCAAUGAAGACUUGCCUGUUUAGGGACGAGACUCCCUCGGUAAUGAUGGCAGUGUGUACUGAACUCCAACUUAUCUGCGUGGAGAAAUUUUGACAUUUAUACAUGUGUAUAUUCAAAAUGUUGGUAAGCCUUGCCAUAGUUAGAAUACACCUGUUUCAAAGGAACGGCUGUAGAUUUUCUUCUUUUUUUGUCGUCCUUAUGUAAACAAUGUAUGGACAUUGAGUUAAAAUGCCAAAAAUGGAACCGGUUUUGCUAGAUUAAUGUGUAAAUGUAUAAUAUAUUUCCUAUUGUUUCGCUUUACGGAUAAAUGUAGCUUUUCUCAGCCUUUUAACCACCAACACAAAUCAAAGUCAUCAUUCUAUCUUGCCUUAGUUCUGUACAUAUGAGUGUUUUGUGCAGUAACCUCCUGACCAAUCCCCCAAGUUUCUCACCAGCUGUCAGUACUAUAUGAACAUUCAGCAGGGUUUUCCAAAUUCAUAUUUCUAUGUGUUAAGGCAUUCCUCAAAUGCUACCUGGUGGGGUUUCUGAUGCAUGCUCACAUAGGGCCCAUUCGCCUUUUAUACUACUUGUAUUUUUUUUGGAACGUCGAAAGGUCAAGGCAAGUAAUGCUGAUUUUUUUUGUGUGAGGAUUCUGGGUCUCUGUUGACAAAGCUAGGAGGCAUUUUUUUUGCCUCUCCUCUUCAGGGAUGAUCAGUGACAUGCAAUUUUUUGUGAGAGAAGCGACUGAAAUGGUUUUAAAGGGGUUUUGAUGUCCCUCCAAGCGAAGGCCUCUUUGGGGGGAGGAGCUGUUUUACAUAACCCCUCCCCCUAAUAUUUCGAAUGUAAAGAGAUAAGUUAUUAAUAAAUUGCUAUUUUGUCUAUUCAAAUCUA